AUUUGGAUUGUGGAUGUACACAACGUAAAUAAAUUCUCAAAACCGUUGAUAUUUAAUUAAAAAUGAAUGACGAUAAACCAUCAAGCGAUGUUGUUUUGGUAGAAGAAAACGAGGGCGCGAAAGCACGAGAUGGACCGAUUAUAGAACUUUUCAAGAGUCUUAUCACUAAUGACUAUAAAGAAAACACUGUUUUAACUAAUGCCCAAAUAAUAGAUAUUUUGCAGAAAGAGUUUAACAUAAACAUCCAAAAAAUCCAUGACUUGGAAGUAGAGAUAUAUGUAAAUGUUGUAAAAAAAUACCUGAAGGAUUGGCCUGAAUGGGAUGAAUUUGAACAAUCCGUAAUUGAUUUUAAAUCUAAAAAUAACAAUAAAGCAAUGACAAGCAUUUUAGAAGAAAAAUAUCUGAACCUAAAAAAAUAUUUGGGUAGCAUGUUAGAAAUAGCAAAAUAUUUAUCACCAGAUAUUGUUAAUAAUAUUCCUAUAACUGGUCAAAUGUACAAAAUAGAAAGUGCUAAUAAAGAAAAUGUGGUGAUGGAAAUACUGGCAACAAGGAAGCAACUUAAUCACCUAAUAUUAAGACAUCCAAUAGGUAAUAAUUCAAUUUUCAAUGUAAACGAACCACUUCCCAAAUAUUACAACUAUCCAAAUUCAUUAACACUCGACUCUAUUCUUAAUUGGUGUGGAAUAGAGAUUGAACUAAAGUUAAAGUUGGCUCAGGGUGGCGUAAUAAAUCUCAAAUAUGAAAACUGCCACAAGCUGCAACAUACACUUGUUAAUAAAAUGUUAAAACUUGACUCUUACCAAAAAUCGUCAUUAAGUCAGCAGUGGGAAGUAAAAUCUAAGAGAAAAAAAUUGACAGAGAUAUCCAAAGCUGUUAUUUUGAAUUUAUUUGAACAAUGUGUAUCAAACGAUAGAUACCAGAAUUGGAAACCCGUUUUGGUGAGCAUGCAUAAGAUUUUGAAUAAUAUUACACAAAGUAUGCCAUCUAGUAUUGGUGUUCCUGGAACUUUCAGAAAAUAUUUAAGCAAAUAUGGCUAUGUCAGGUUCUUGUAUGAGAAUGUGACAGAUGAAGUGACAAAUGCUGAAAAUGAAAAGUAUGAUUUGCAAUUACAGGAAGUUUUAAGUCCAAUGUGUCAAUUACAUAUUGAACUCUAUCCAUACUCUAGUCAUGAGUCUAUUAAAAUACGCUGCAACUUCUGCCAGGUAUAUUUUACAGGAGAAAAUGUUUCAUGGGAAAUUGAGGAUCAUUUUAAGAGCCAUAUUGUUGAACCAGACUGGCAGUGUGUAAAUUGUAAUAAAGCUAUUACCAUGUCCCAUUUGACACGGGCAAACUGGAAUCACAAUUGUGAGCCUGCCUCUUUGUAUGAGUUACUGUCAAUGAAACAAUAACAAUAUUUGCCAUUUUCUACAAUGACAAUCUUGAGGUGUAAAAGUCAUGAUGAUUCUAUAUGUUAUUUAUGAAUUAUUAUUAUUAUCACAUUUAAAAAACGACUGAUUUUGUGAAUGCAAUGGGGAAUUUAUCCAAUAUGUGUAUAAGUGAUGGUACUUGUCCACAAUUCAUAAUGUAACGCUGGACCGUAAGGCACAUAAAAAUAUUAAGUAAAUACCAUAACAGAAGAAAAAUGUUUUUAUUAGCCUAUGAGCAGAUUCAAAUCGAAGGAAGGAAGGAGAUGUGUUUUUUUACUUAUAGUCCAUUAAAGCUCUGCUUGAGUUGCAUCCUCUCUUCUUUGGUUUAGUGGUAACCUAUCCUAUUGGUUUUUGAAGCAAUUUAACAUUAAAGCUUGUAUCAAAUGUAUGCUGCCGUGCUUACGAUAAUGGCAGUAAGUAUCUAUAUUAAUAUUUCGAGAAAAUGGGGCGCAAAGUUUUCGUUCUUUUUUUACCUUUCCUGUUUUCUGUUAAUGAGUUUUCUAAGAUAAGAUAAUUGAAAUGUGUAGCGUAAGUGCUGUAUUUUUAUUUAAUGUACCAAUUAAAGAUGUCGUUGAAUUAUAUUAGUUUUAAAUAACAAAAAAACCGUUUAUGCUCAGUAUAAGUUGAUAAUCCUAAAACAAUAAUUUCUUAGAAUUACCGGAGUAAGUACGUAGUCACUGCUCUUAUGGUAAGUGAUUCGUAUAAUUCAUAGGUCCGCUUAGAGAAAAACAACAAUAAAUACAGUAAAAAAAUCUUUUAUUUAUUAACUUUCCUCUUUAAUUAAUACUUGUACAAAUCUUUUUAAACUAACUUAUCUUUAAUAUGGCAAGGAUUUGAGAUCCAUCGUACAAAAGUUACUUAUGUACUAGUUUAACAAAUCAUAAUUCAACAUACUUAUUUUUCAUUAAAUCAAAAUAAAAAAGUAAACAUUUAAAAUAUAUUUCAGUCUUGUAAACUUAAUCGGAAUCAAUAUUUACAUCUGAAACAGGUAAGUUUAGCCAAAACUCUUUUCUGUUAUCCGGCAUUAGCUGCAAAAGGUUCUUCAUUAUGCCAUUUUUAGUAGAUUUAGAUAUGCCCCUAGGGGAUGUUUUUUGAAUAAAUUCAGGGAAUUUUCUUUGAUUUUAUAUAUUUUAUUUGAAGAAAGUAAAUUAAAAAUAGUAUAAAUUUCUUUGUGUUCAUUGAAAUCGUACCAGCGGAAAAAAAAUUGUCUCUAUAUCACAGGCUUAACCCUAUUCGUGUACAUGUAUAUAACUCAUUUCGGUGUCGCUUUUUCGUUUCAUUGAGUUUCAAAUCACAACAAUUCUAAAUAAAUUUUCACUUCACAAAACGUGGCGCUUUAACUCAAACAUUACGUCCGAAUUCAUGAGUAACUGCCCCUAUUGCAUUACAAAACGUGCAAUAUUACUCUUGUUAUGAUGGUUGUAAAGAAUUGUACACUCAAAAUAAAUACCAUUGCUUAUUAUAUCUGGAGUAUGUGUACUUACUGUUUAAAUUAUAGUAAAUUAAUGUAUUUAAAACAAAUACCUUUGCUUAUUACAUACGCAGUAAGUGUGCUUACUGCUAAUAUAAUAAGUAAAUAAUGUACUCAAAACAAAUAUAUUUGAUUAUUAUAUAUGCAGUAAGUGUACUUACUGCUAAUAUAAUAAGUAAAUAAUGUACUCAAAACAAAUUAAUAUAUUUGAUUAUUAUAUAUGCAGUAAGUGUACUUACUGCUGACAUUAUAAGUAAUAAAUGUACUCGAAACAAAUACCUUUACUUAUUGUAACCACAGUGUGUAUGCUUACUGCGGUAAUCAUUAGCAAUGUCGUAACGCUAUUGUAGGCGCCACACUUGCAAACCAAUAGUAAGUAUACAUAGAUACUGCUUUAUUAAUAAGUAAGCUUUGUAACAAUUUAGAUCAUACUGCUCUUAUCAUUACUGAAUUUAUAAGUUCCUGCUGAGAUAUUAAAAUGAGUGUCAGGCUAUAUUAUAAAGUUCAUUACGCUGAUUCCGUAUCUGUAUAUAACUCAGUUUGCCCAAAAAUCGUACUUACUGCCAUUAUCGCAAGCACGGCAGUAUGUACACAAUACAUUCACAGUACUGAAAUAUGUGCCCCACUAUCAUAUCAUAUUAUGUUUGUAGGGUAUCAUAACACUAUAACUGGUAAUAAUUACAGGCACUGAAACUGCCUUAUCUGCAUGUACAUUUUGUAAUUAAGUUUUCACCAAUUUACGAAUGUCAGAAUAAUCUAAAAUUCCAAAGAACUCACUACAUUUAUUUAUUUUUGUUCGCGACGGCAAAGUAAUUGAAAAAUGGUGAUUAAAAAACAAUAUUAGGAAAGUAUUAGUGACAAACCUAAGUGAAAGGUCCAAUAUUGUAAUUUUACAUGUUUACAACCCUUAAAAUUAUACUACCUAAAGAGCUUUGUUUUGUAAUCGUCAAGAAAAUAACUCUUAUUUGUACAACACAAAGUCUGGCAAUUUGAGCGCGACACGUUAUAGAACAAAUCGGACAUUGCGUAAUAUUAAAACCCGAAAAAAAUGAAAAUAAUUUUUAUGCUCUAGAAGAAUUGUGUAAACAUAGUAUUUAAUUAGAUUAAGGUUCAUAAAUUAAGGAAAUAAAAGAAUUUUUAGCGUGAUGAAACUUAUUUCUCACUUAUAGUAAAAUUAAGGAACUAAUGUACCCAAAUAUUGUGAAAAUUUGGGAUAUUUUGGCUAAUAACUUUUUACAUUAUUUAUAUAAGGUGGCUCGAACUCACUGGUGGGCGUGGCCAAAAAGCACGCUGUAUCACCUGGUAUCGUGCCCGACAGAGAUAGUAUCAAUGAUGAGCAGUUAGACGCUAGUCUUCACGCACGUCUUGUUCGAAUGGCGUUCCGAACCGUUCGAACAGAAACGAAUCCCUUUACAUCCCUUCAGCCGUUCUGGCGUGAUUGAGUAACAUAUAUCCAUCCAUCCAAACUUUCGCAUUUAUAAUAUUUAGAUAAUAAUUGUAAUUAGUUCUGCCUACUUAUAAAUUGUUUUCAAAAAUAUUUAUUACCUGUCUUCUUACUUUUUUAUAUAUACUCAAUAUCACUAAAUGUAGUGACCCAUCAAGACUUCUUAGUACCGACGUACCUACCUAAAGUUUACAUUUUAGUGUCAACGACGCGGCGACGGUUUGUGACAUUUUGUUGUAUUGUAGGUUGUAGGUAUCUAGGUAAUAACAGUAGGUACCUAUGAUAAUCCCACAUAAUAUACCUAGUUUGUCCGCCGCAAAGUCGGCGAAUAAAUAAUUAAAAUGUUUUGU